GCACUUUCGUGGCAUUGGCAGGAGUUGGUGUCUUUUUUUGAAGGGGCGGAAGAAGUGCAGAGAAGUAGCCACUGGGUAAGAGGAGGAAAUAGGCAGGUGUUCAGCCAUUAGCCAAUCACGAGUCGGCGAUUUGUUUGAAGGCGGGAUCACGCGAUAAAGAGGCGGAAGGAAAUUUGACAGGGUAAUGAAGACGUGAAGACAGCAUAUAUCACACUCAAUUUUUUCCUAUUUGGUGUCCUUUUCUGCAUUUGGUGUUUUUCUGAAGAGGCCAGCUCCUUGUGAACUCAUUUCAUGGAAUGGCAAGAGGUUUCUUGGCCCAAACCAUUACUGUAGUUUCUCUUUCUGUAACUCUUUCAGUUGUUACUGCAAAGUCCUGCCACAAUUUCUCUCCAGUAUUCCAGAUAACAAGGAAUCUUGCUUACAGCUCAUCUGCACAUCGCUGGUUCCAUAGCGAUACAACUAAAAUGUCAGAUUGUAAGGAGCCAAAAGAAAAUUUGCAUAAGAAAGCUAGGACAUCCCCAUAUCCAGGAUCAAAAGUUGAACGCAGCCAAGUACCUAAUGAUAAAGUGGACUGGUUGAUCAACUGGAAGAACUACAGCCCUGUGGAAUAUACAGCACCAAGUGUUUUGGCAGGACCUAAAUGGGCAGAUCCAGAGAUUGGAGCCAAAAACUUUUUUCCAAAGUUCAACGAGAAGGAUGGGGAAGUGGAAAGGAGGAGCCACAAUGGUUUAUAUAAAGUGGAAAAUGGGAGGCCCAGGAAUCCUGUAGGCAGGACAGGAUUGGUGGGACGAGGUCUGCUGGGAUGUUGGGGACCCAAUCAUGCUGCCGAUCCUCUAAUAACAAGAUGGAAGAGAGAUGGCAGUGGCAAUAAAACAGCUCAUCCAGUAUCUGGUAAAAACAUCUUACAGUUUAUUGCAAUCAAAAGGAAGGACUGUGGAGAAUGGGCCAUUCCUGGGGGAAUGGUAGAUCCAGGGGAGAAAUUAUCUGCUGCUCUAAAGCGAGAAUUUAGUGAAGAGGCCUUGAACUCCUUACAGAAAACUAAGGCCGAGAAAGAAGAGAUGGAAAAACACCUGAAUAGAUUGUUCAGUCAGGAUCACUUUGUGGCUUAUAAGGGGUAUGUGGAUGAUCCUCGUAAUACUGACAAUGCUUGGAUGGAAACAGAAGCAGUAAACUAUCACGACGAAUCUGGUGAAGCAAUGGGUAAUUUGCAUCUGGAAGCAGGAGAUGAUGCUGGGAAAGUGAAAUGGGUGGAUAUUAGUGAAAAACUUACACUGUAUGCCAGCCACUCUGACUUUGUCAGACUUGUAGCGGAGAAAAGAAGAGCUCACUGGAAGGAAAAUCCUAACUUUUGUUGCCAUGAUGGGACUAACAUCAAACCAUAAAUUAAAUCUUGUCAUUUCAGAUGGUAAUUUAGUAAAAGAAUGGGAGAUAAACGCUGCUUUAGGAUAUUGUUAGUGCAUGAUUUAAAACUGCAAGAUUUUAAACAUAUUCCUAACUCUUGUGUUGAAAUCAUUGGAGCUUAAAUAUGCUUAGCAUUAGUUACAUCAUACCUUUUCUUUUUAAUCAAGUCAUAGUACUAAAGAAUUGGAUAUAUCAGUUCUAUACCUGUUCUGUAUGGAAAAUAAAUGAGUAAAGUUGAGGGUUUUGUGGUUCACCGAUAAUAUUGUUGAAAGAUAUGUACAGCUGCUAAAAUCCUCUGUUGUUCUCAGGCACUGAUAAUAUUUUGCUGAUUAGAUAACAGCUGAAUGAUAACUGAUUCUAUAGUGCACAUUAGCAUCCUUAGGUUUCACAUCUUUUUUUCUUACUAAUAGUAAUAAACUUUGCAUGAUAAUGCUAUAUUCUUUCUAGGAUAAUAAGACAAAUAAAGCUGCAAUGCUGUGCAUGCAUAUCAGAGAAUAAGCCCAAUUGAACAUUUAUUUCUGAGUCAGAAUCUGAAUUGAUGUAAUGUUCAUUACUGUCUUACUGGGGGGUUGUGUAAUCAUAUGGCUUUCAUUUUAACACAUUGAUCCUACUGUAAUUAAAAAAAAGGUGAAUGGGAAAGAUUACAUAUAAUUGAAGG